AUGGCUGCCACUAAUUUCAUGCUCAAGUACUUCUAGGCAAAAAAGUCCUAUGGAAUGCUUAAUCUUUAGUCAAUUUAAAACGACUAAGACCUUCUCCAGCAACCAAAGCUUUGCAGAGACUUGAUUAUAUAGCAUCAAUUUGAGAUGUUGACUCCAAAGUUGCUCUAUGAUUGCAAGCCGCUUGCCUCAAGAGUUUUUACACAGAAAAUGAACAAAUCUAGUUUAGUACUUGAGGUGUUAACAUUUAACAACCAAUUUAUUGUCUCAUUACUUGAGAGUGGAAGAUGUUCAAUUCAUGAUAAACAUACUUAGAAAGUAAUGUUUUUUAAUAAAAGCUAGAACGAAUAAAUCAGAAGUAUUUUCUUAAACAGAGUGAAUGAAUCUAUAAUAGUUGUUUCUGUCACAAAGAAAGAUGAGUUUUAAUCUUUAAAGUGUAGAACAGUAACUUUUAAGACAAUCGAGAAGGCAUUUUAGAAGAUUGCCUCUCUAGAUAUCAAACAAGAUAACUUAAGCUAGUAUGUAUUCUUAAGAGGAGAGUUCAAGGGCUAAAAGCUAUUUAAGGAUUUUGCGCUGAGAUGGCCUGAUUUUAUUGAAUUUGAUGAGAUCAAUCAAAAGAUUAUUACUAAGCACAGUUAGGAAGAGGCAUAUCGAGUUUGGUCUCUAGCAACAUAUCAGCUUUAAUAUGUACUAAAAAACGAAACUAUAGCAGAAUUCAAGAUAUGCAAUGGUGUAAUGCUGCUUUUGCAUCAAUUAGAAAAUGGAUCUAUUCCAAUGACUAUGAUAAAUAUUCAUACAGGGGAAGAGAUCUAAAAGUUUGAGUUCAGCAGUAUUAAAAAUGAAAUUGAAUUUCUUGAACAAUUUAAUGAGAAAAUAAUGAUCAAACAAAAAGACAAGAACCUUAAAAUCUAUAAUUCUUGGGAUAAAAGUCUUAAAGUUAUUGAAGGCUUUGAUGCUCCAGAAGCAUUCAUUUUCCUCUAUGAAAAAGAAAAAUUUUUAACCUUGAAAGAAGGCAAAAUUGAAAUAUGGUCUAGUGAGGGUGAGAAACUAACAAAUUUUGAUGAUUAGGUACUAAGCACUAAAAUAGAAACAGGAAAUGAUGGUGCAGGUGGAUCUACAUCAAAUUACAUAGUCAGUGUAUCACUAUCUAAGAGAUAUCUUUUCUCUUACUUCCAAGAAUAAAACAAUGGGAAGGACUUUGUCAAUAUAAUAGAUAUUUAAAAUGAAAAAGUUAUAGCUAGAGUCAAAAUAAAUUAAAAAAUCGGUGACUCCUAGUUCUAAUGUAGAAAUGCUCUUGGUCGUCGAAGAAGACUCUAAAAUCAUAGAAAAUUGUCAAGUUUAUUCUAUGAUGAGUAAAGUCACGAGUUAUUUAUUGGUUACACAGAUGGAGAUGUAGAGAUUUGGUCUCCUAGCAACCCUAAAAUUACUAAGCAAUAAUGA